AUGCUGCAGCACCAGCAGCAGCAUCACCACCAACAGCAACAGCAACAGCAACAGCAACAGCAACAGCAACAGCAACAGCAGCAACAAUCAUCACAACAGCACUACGCCUCAGCGCUGGCGUCGUCUGACAGUGAAAACUACCUCAUCUCUCCCCAUGAUACCCCCCAGUCUCAACGGUUCGACCCGGCGACCUGCUUCGAUGUCGGCGCCGGCCAAUUCAGCGCCUACGAUGCCCAGCUGAACCUCAUGUUGCAGAAGAAUCAGGAGAGCUUCAAUAGCAACAUGACCGACGGCAAGGAGUUUGACCUGUACACCAACGACAGCGCUCUCUCCACGCCGACGUUCAUGCACUUUCCCGACAGUCCUUCCGCGCAGGGCUGGUCCUCAGAGGGCGCCUCCCGGAGGGGCUCGCGGCGGAUCAGCAACGGCAUCGUGGACCGCGUGACCAAGUUCGAGAACCUGAGCAUGGAGGAGUUGCAGAGGCCAAUGACGCCGCCAAAUCAGAAUGGACAAAACCAGUUUCCCCCUACCCCUAUGGAGACGCCACAUGACCGCCUUGUCAAGCAGGAGUCACGACCGGACCGGUUCAGCGAUGACUACGACGAGUCAAUGGAAGAGACGAUCAAGCCGCGCCGGGCGCGGUCAAGCCAGCGGACACAAGACAUCUUUCAGGAGAUGCGGCAGCAGGCAGAGAGACGCUCCCCGGCGGUGCCCAGCCCUCCGAGGUCGGGUGCCUUGCCCGCGAGCAAGACAUUUGCCGGCAUGCCGAUGCAAAACACCGACUUCAUGACAAUGAGCUCGCUGAGGAACGAGUUUGCCAAGAUGGACGGUGGGUUCGAGCAGGUGCAAUACGAGCAGCCCGAGUCGAUGCACUCCGGGGCGUCAGACGCCUCGCACCACUCGACGCCGGCCGAGAUGGGACACUACAUGGGCAGCUUCGACGAGACGCCCGGCUUCCAGCCCCUGACGCACGGGGAGGAAUCUCCGUCGGGAUCGCCGUCACGGCGCAAGUCGCCGCACCGCCGCACUGAGUCCGUCGCGAGCAUCACGAGCGCGGCCAGCAUCGCGAGCAUCAACAUUGAGGAGACCAAGACGGAGACGGGCGUGACGAUGGAGGAGAUUGCACAGUAUAUCCGCAGCCCCGAAACGACAGACGGCAAGUGGACAUGCUUGUUCGACGACUGCGGCAAGAUGUUUGGGCGCAAGGAGAACAUCAAGUCGCACGUGCAGACGCACCUGAACGACCGGCAGUACCAGUGCCCGACGUGCCAUAAGUGUUUCGUGCGGCAGCACGACCUCAAGCGGCACGCCAAGAUCCACACGGGCAUCAAGCCGUAUCCGUGCGACUGCGGCAACAGCUUCGCGCGGCACGACGCGCUGACGAGGCACCGCCAGCGCGGCAUGUGCAUCGGCGCUUUUGACGGCAUCGUGCGCAAGGUUGUGAAGCGUGGAAGGCCAAGGAAGAACAACCGCCCGGACAUGGAGACGCGGCUCGAGAAGUCAGCGCGCCAGCGCAAGAAGAACAUGUCGGUAAGCUCCGUAUCGUCGGCGUCGGGCUACUCGGACAGCUCAGCCCCGAACUCGCCCGAGUACAACAUGCUCGACGACGUAGACCUUGCCGACAUGGCCAGGGGCUUGUCGGCGUCAUCGUCGGCUCCCAUGCCGCUUAUGCAAGCCACGGCGGCAAUCCCUCCGUCCAUCGACCUGGCCGACAUGGCCAUGUCGCCCGAAGCCGAGAGCGUCCACUCGUACGUAUCACCCGAGGCCAUCAUGGAGAAGACGCUGUCGAAGCCGGCCACGCCCGCCAGGAGCGUCGCGAGCCUGUACACGACGCCGCCCGACCUGUCGCAGUCGUCGUCGCCGCCGCCUGCGCACUUCUUCGACGUGGACCCCAACACGAGCGCGAGCACCGACGCCUGCGAUCUGGGCGUCAUGUCGGCUCCCUGCACGACGGCCCCGAUGUCCGAGUCCCUGACCAUUGGCAUCAAUGACCACGACGACGACCUGCUGCUGCAGUUCGCGAGCGACGAGGGCCUCGUCCAGCUCGACCGCGGGGCUGACAUGCUGAUGAUGAGCAAAUUCGACGACGAAUUCGACAAUGUCGGCAUGUUUGGCAACGACGACAUGUUCUUUGGUAGCUCGUGA